UCCGAGAAACCUGGUUUGGUUUUAGGACAAAGGAUUCUGCCAAAAGCCAAAAGUUUUUCCGCUUUUAAAGAUUUCCAGGUCAUAAGAUUGUGAUGCAACCAGUCAACGGAAAGAAGAAUUAAGAAGGCUGAGGCUGUUGUGUUCGAGCGAUUCUUCCUCUCACACGAAUUAUUUCUGCUUUUAUAAAAAAAAAACCGCGAAAUUUUCUAAAAGGAUUCAAGCAAAAGAAUCACUAGGGUCGUAAGAAUGGCUGAUGAUGCUAUUGGGGAUACCACUAUUGCCCUUGAGGUUGUUGAUUCUGGGGAUCCAGAGGUGGAGUCAGAUAAUAUUUACUCAUAUGAAGCAGUUAUGCCUAAUGGAGAGGGGAUCCGUGAAGCAGGAAUAGUCAGAGAAAUUCUAACAAGAGUAGAGCUUUAUUUGGCAUAUUCAUCUGAGAAGUUGGUAAACUUGGACAUACUUUUGAUGCAUGUUGCUACCAUGGAAAGUGACUUAGAAGCUUUUUCCUUAGAGAGUGAUGAAAUCUUAGCUUUUCCUCUUGAGAAAGCCUUGGAAUUUGAUUUCUUAUCUGGAAUUUUAGAUUCAGAGGUGAGAGACCUGGAUAGCUUCAUGGAUUCUCUUCAAAUGGAAAUCAGGGAUGCUUGUCAGAGAAUAAUCUCAUAUGAACCCUCGGGAGAAUCUUUUGUUGAAAUGGAGGCAAAGUUGCAUGAUGCUGAAGAAUCUCUGAAGCAGUCAAAAGAUCAGGUUGCUGAAAUGAGAGCACAAGCAGCUAUGUUCCACAGAACAUUAUUAGCUUUUGGUGGACAAGAAAAUUUGAAUAAUGGCAAGGGUGCAGAUUUUUCUGAAGGUGGUCAAGUUUCAAACAUGAAUGCAAAGUUAAAAAUGCAGACUGCUGAACAGCAAAGACAUAUUCUAAGGAUGCUGGAGAAUUCUUUAGCUAGAGAGCUAGACCUUGAAAAGAAACUAACUGACUCAAGACAAAAUGAAGAAGAGAUCAGAAUUAAGUUGCAUUCUACAGAACAAGAAUUACUCUGCAUGGAAGAAGCAGAAGAAAUUCUUUUUUGGAGGAUCUUUGAGGUUGAAAAUGCUGCUGAGGUGUUAAGGGGAAUUUCUAAAGAACUUAUGGGUCAACUACAGGUUUCUCAAUUCAAUUUGAAUAGCUUAAUUCAACGAGAAAGUGAAGCCAGAUCUAAGCUUCAGGAUUGCACAGAACAGCUGAACACCAAAGAAAAUGCUUUAAGGAAGCUUGAGACCAGCAAUGUAGAACUUGACAAUUUCCUACUGACAGAGACAAACCGCUUAAAAGAUCAUCUGAAGGAAGCUGAAGAUAGAUAUAUUGUUGCUAAUUCUGAGGCCUUUACUUUGAGGGAAAAAGUGAGUUUGCUUGAGGAGCAGUUGAAAGAAUCUGAGACUCAACUACAAAAUGCAAAGGCCACCGUGGAAGCAAACAAGGUGCAACAUGAUGCUUUAUAUUCUGAACUCAAUGACAUGGAAAAUGCAAUUGAAGAUCUGAAAGAAAACCUUUCUAGGGCAGAAAACAAGGCUGAAAGUGCUGAAACCAAGUGUAAGCUGUUAACAGAGACUAACCUGGAACUUAAUGAAGAACUUGGUUUUCUUAAGAAUGAUAGUAACAACAUUGAGAAGAUAAACUUGCUUGAGAAGCAGCUGAGGGAAUCUGAUGUUCAAUUGCAAAAUGCAAAAGUGUCUGCUGAAGCUACUCAAGAGCAACUGAACAUGUUGUAUACUGCAAUUGGGGAUAUGGAAAAUUUAAUCAAUGAUCUAAAGUUAAAGGUGUCAAAAGCUGAAAGUCGGGCUGAGACCGUAGAAGAUAAUUGCAUUGUAUUAUCUGAAACUAACUUUGUACUUAAUGAAGAACUGAGUUUUCUGAGAAGUAGACUGGAGUGUUUGGAGUCAUCUUUGCAUCAAGCUGAUAAUACAAAAAUAGAAACAGCAAAGGACAUUAGCAUUAGGACGAAAGUAAUAACAGAUCUGGUCAUGCAACUAGCUGUAGAAAGAGAGCGCCUUCAGAAUCAGGUAACUUCAUUGAUGAAGGAAAACAGAACUUUGGCAGAAAAGCUACAAAAUGGAGACAAGGAUAUGCCUGCAGUGAUGACCCACAAUGGGAACAAAUGCACUACUUCUACAAAUGCACCCCAUGAGGAAGAUACAGAAUCUUCAGCUACAAGUUUGCAGUUGGCUCUGAUGUCAAAGGAAAGCUAUAAUGAUGCCGAAAAAUCAUCAGGGUCUACUUCAAAUCAUAAAAGAAGAAAAACUUCAAUCGUAUGGGAACAUUUUGAUUUAUUCUACGAUAAAAAUGGAAUUGAAAUAGCAAAAUGCAAAAAUUGUGAUAAAACAUAUAAUGCAGAGGUGAAUGUUGGGACACCAAAUAUGUUGCAUUAUAUAGAAAUUUGUGGAGAAGGCUUAGAUGAAUCUUCUAAGAGUCGAGUUAGUAAAUGUGAUCAAGAUGCAUAUAGAGAACAUGAACAUAUGGCAAUGGCUAUAAUUAGACAUGUGUAUACAUUUUCAUUUGCAGAGCAUGAAAGUAAUAGGUGUAUACAUUCUGGUUUGAAUCCAAAAGUGAAACAUAUUUCAUGCAACACUACAAAAGCUGAUGUAUUAAAGAUGUACAAUAAGGAGAAGAAAAAAUUGUGAGAUUUAUUACAAUUACUUCCUGGUAGAAUUUGUCUUACAUUAGAUAUGUGGACUUCAAUUACAAUGGAAUCAUAUAUGUGCAUCAGUGUACAUUUUGUUGAUAGUGAGUGGAGACUAUAGAAACAGAUUCUAUGUUUUUUUCAUGUACCACGCCCUUACACUGGUGUUGCAAUUUUGAAAAAAGUGUCGAAUGUAUUGGAUGAGUGGAAAAUUGAAAACAAGUUAUUCUCAAUUACUUUAAACAAUGUUUCUGCUAGUGAUACAUUUGU